AUGGUUCGUAGAUCUGCCCGUUUGGCUGGCAACACCGUCGAAGAGGCCGCUCCUGCUGCUAAAAAACAGAAGACCACCGCCCAGGCGGUGAAGCCUAAACAAUCCACCGUCGACGCGAAAAAGGAGUCUAAUGACGUGAAGGCCGACACCGCCAAAAACACGUUGGAAGAAGGAGAUGAGAUCCCGGCAGACUUGGAAUUGGAAAACCAGGACGGCGAGUCCGUCAAUCUGUUGAAGCUCGCAAAGGACGCAAAGGUCCUGGUCGUGUUCUUGUACCCCAAGGCCUCAACACCGGGCUGUACAAGACAGGCUGUUGGGUUUCGCGACAAUUUCGAAGUUUUGACCGGAUUGGGUGCCACAGUGGUGGGGUUGAGCUCGGACUCGCCAAAAACACAAACCAAUUUCAAGUUGAAGCAGAAACUGUCCUACGAUUUGUUAUCUGAUCCAUCGAAAAAACUGAUUGGUCCCUUGGGUGCCAAGAAGCAACCGAACGGAAUUGUGCGUUCAGACUUUAUCUUCAGAGACGGUGUGCUUAAAGUGAAACGCGUGGGAAUUUCCCCUGAGAAAAGUUUCACCGGGGCUGUUGAUGAAGUGAAGAAGCUGGUGACUUAA